GCGUCUCGGCCGGCCCCUAGCGAAUUGAGCUUAAACUAAACUUCCCAGCAAGCAGUGCGCUAGCCUGGGACUCGGGACAAGAUGGCGGACCCAAACAGUGUGCCGCGGGCUGCCCCUUCAACGGCCCCGAUUUCUUUCGGUUUCACUCGCACGUCUGCCCGGAGGCGACUGACAGACCCCAGAGAUGGCACAGGACGGGCCUCUGAGGAGAAAGAUUUCUUAACGACCGUGGAAGGAAGGGAGCUACAGAGUGUGAACCCUCCAGAAGCCCCCAAGGAACUAGUCAUCCCAUUGAUCCAGAAUGGCUCUCGGAGGCAACCACUGGCCAAGAGCCCUAAGACAUCCUCAGAAACUAAGACUGUGUUAAUGUCAGAUGGUGUGCUGUCCCAGGCUGUGAAGGAGCUCAUUGAGGAAUCCAAGAAGUCCCUGGAGGAGAGGGAGAAUGCAGGUGUUGACCCCACGCUCACUAUUCCCAUGAUCCAGAAAGGAUGCAAUCCCAGUGGGGAAGGAACAGACAGCGAACCUCAGGCUGAGACAGUGCCAGAGGAAGCCAACUAUGAGGCAGUCCCUGUGGAGGCCUAUGGGCUGGCCAUGUUGCGGGGCAUGGGAUGGAAACCUGGCAAGGGCAUCGGCAAUACUUUCAGUCAAGUCGUGAAGCCCCGGGUCAACUCUCUAAGGCCAAAAGGCUUAGGACUGGGUGCCAACCUGAUGGAGGCCAAGGCCUUGGCCUCCACUAGCUCUCAUCACCCACCAAGACCAGAUGGGGAUCGAGAGAAGGAUAAGGAGGGGUUGAUGCCUGGAGGAGCUGUGGUGAUCCUUUCUGGCCCUUUCCGGGGCCUCUAUGGGAAGGUAGAAGGCCUUGAUCCUGACAAUGUACGGGCCAUGGUUCGGCUGGCAGUAGGUAACCGCAUUGUGACUGUUAGUGAGUAUUGCCUACAACCUGUUUCCCAGCAGGAGUUUGAUAGCCACGCCUCACAGCCAGGCCACGUGAGCAAACCUUCCACAGAGCAGCAGAGCAGAACAACUGGAACAGCCUGGUCUUCGAAGGCCCUCCAGAAUCAGGAAGACUCAAAGAGGAGGCAGAAGGAUUCAGAGAGGAAGCGGAAACACUCCGCAGACCGGCAGGAUGAACCUGUGGCAAAGAGUGAGAAAGCAACCUCUAAGAACAAGCAUUGGCUACACAGGGACUUACGUGUACGCUUCAUUGACAAACUGUACAAGGGUGGCCGGUAUUACAACACCAAGAUGACAAUUGAAGAUGUCCUGAGCCCAGGUACUUGUGUGUGUCGGACAGAUGAAGGCCGAGUUCUAGAAAGCGUGAGAGAAGACAUGCUGGAAACCCUGAUUCCCAAGGGAGAGGGCCGUCGUGUGAUGGUGGUGCUGGGAAAACACACUGGAAAGGUGGGACGACUUCUGAGUCGGGACAGUGUCAAGAGUCAGGGUUUGGUACAACUUGGGAGAGACAAUCAGGUGGUGGAGCUCCACUAUGACGCUAUCUGCCAGUACGUGGGCCCCAGUGACUCAGAUGAAAACUGACAUGUGGACCACUGCUGUCACCCAGGCUGUCACUAUUGUGUAGCAAUCUACAGCAGCUGCCAUGGAGAAGAUAAUUGUUUUGUCCUCCUUUGAGCUGCAAGGACAGGGACAUGAGUAGAUAGACCAAACUGUCUACCAAAAUUUAGAGUGUAUAAUAAAAACCAUUUUUAAAAGUGGAAAGGUGAAAUCAAAACCAAUAUGUGAGCUUUGAAUUUAGUUGGGAACUGAGAUGACUGAGGUAGAAACGCCUUCAUUUCUUAGUCUCAUUUCCCUGCUCAGAGUUCAAGACAAGUUAAAUUGCCUAUCCAAUACAGAGCUCACUCGUGGAGCAUAGAAACUGUGAAAUCUGCCCCCAAACAAACACUAUAGAAUCUCCAGUGCUACAUCUCAGAACAGCUUCUGUUUGGAUCUUGAAUGGCUUUCAAAGGCCCAUAUCUUUCUUUUUAAAUGUAUUAUUUUUAGUUAUAUAUAUGUGUGUGCCUGUGUGAGUGUGUGUGAUUAUGAGUACAAAUACUUUAACCAAAAGUGUUAAGUCCUCUGGAGCUGAAGUUACAGGCAAUUGCAAGCUGCCAGACAUGGGUGCUAGGAACCAAACUUGGGUCCUUUGAAAGAGCAGCAAGCACUCUUCACCACUGAGCCAUCUCUCCAGCUCAUAUAUCUGUAUCUUAAAGGAUUCUUGCCCAGGAUUCAGCACCUAUUUUUGACCUUUGAAAGAUAAAGGCCUAGUAGAAAUUACUUAGGUUAUGACUUAGAAACCUCCAAAACUGUGAACCAAAAUAGACUUUUCCUCCUUAUACUUUAAUUAUAUCUGGGUAGUUUGUCAGAGUAAGGGGAAACUGACUACUGCUCUCAGUGAACUCUAGGACAAUUUCUUGCUUGCCCUAGGUGACUGUGUUCUAAGCCUUUUCCCUGCUUAAUGGCCCAAGAUAAUCAGCAAGAGAAGUCACAGCCUUAGACACAAUUGCUUCUAAAUCAUCCUUGAAGCUUAAGUCAUUCAUGCAGUAAAUGGUAAUUGACUUAGGUCUGGGCCACAGGUAAAACUACCUAGUCUGUUAUCCUGUUGCACACUGAAAAGAAUCAGAGCAUCCCAGAAUAGGAUGAUAAAGAGAUGGCACUCAGUGUGUGUCUACCAUAUGUAAAGCCUUGUGUGUUCCAUCCACAGUACCACCAGGAAAAAAGGGAACCAGAGGCAAACUGAACUCUGACAAAAAUGAAAAAAUAUAAAAAGACUUGAGUCACCAAGUGUGGUAGCCCAUAUCUGUCAUCUAUCACUUGAAAGGCCGAGACAGGAAGAUUCGCGUGAGUUCUAGGACAGUCUAAGCUUCAUCAAAAGACCCUUUCUUCAAAAACUAAAAAAACAAACAGUAAAUGUGCUGGGUGUGAUAGCAUACACUGUUGAUCCCAGCACUCAAGAGGCAGAGGAAGGCAGAUCUCCAUGAGUGUAAGGCCAGCCUGGUCUACAGGGCAAGUUCCAAGUCAGUCAGGGCUACAUAGUAAGAGCCUGUCUCAAAAUAGAAAUAAGGGGAGUGUGGCUUUUCUCCUUCCUAUUAUCCCUUUUGUGUCUCUUGUCUAAUUGCUAUAGCAAAGACUUUGACACUGUAUAAAAUAAGAUAGGGGCAAGUGGGAAUCUUUCCUUAUCUCAUUCCUGAUUUUAGAGGAAAUGCUCAGUAUGCCUCCAUUUAAUAUAUGUUGGCUAUAAUAUAAUGUUGGUUUAUUGUAUAUAGCCUUUAUUAUUUUGAGGUAUUUUCCAUCUAUUCCUACAGAUUCCAGAACAUUUAUCACAAAAACAUGUUGAACUUUGUCAAAUGUGUUUUCAGCAUUGACUGAAAUAAUUAAUGUGAUGUCUGUCCUUGAGUUUGUUUAUAUGAUGUAUUCAUUCCAUUUACUGAUUUAUGUAUGUUGAAACCACUUUGUCUUUCUGGGAUGAAGCCCACUUGGUCAUAAUGUGUGUGAUCUGCUCAAUGUAUUCCCGAAUUCAGUUUGUAAGCAUUUUCUUAAGAAUUUUUGCAUCUUUGUUCAUCAAAAAA